AUGAACAUUACUUCUUUAGCUUAUUCUGAAGCAAAAACCCUGAAUUUUAUUUCACAAGCUCUUCACCUUUUGAAUAAAGAACAGAGUGAACUACAAAAUGGACUUUUACAAAAUCGUGCUAUCGAUUAUUUGCUGAUGCUUCAUCAUUAUGGCUGUGAACAAGUGAAUGACAUGUGUUGUUUCAAUAUUACUGACAAUUCUAGAGCCAUUCAAAGCCAAAUCUCUCAUUUGCAAAAUCUUACACAUCACAUUAAACAGGACAUUGGUUUUCCUGGCCUCUGGGAUUCUUUCACCCAGUGGCUUACCGCUUGGUUGCCAAACCUUACUUGGCUUCGUAGUCUUUUUCAAUAUGCUAUUGUCAUAAUUUGUCUUCUUAUUUUGCUAUGCUGCUUCCUUCAAUGCGUUCCUAGCCUCAUAUGUCUUUUCUCUCGGCUUCUCUCUCCCCCUCAACCACCCAGUAAACUCCUUGCUGCCUACUUUGCGAAAUGGCAACACCAACAGUAA